AUGGAAAAACCUAGUGGAGUUAACCGUGUCCGAGAAACAUUUUCCAUAGCACAAUUCCACAUUAAAUACUACACUCCAAUAAAAAUUUAUGAUGUCACAAUCAAUGUAGCAUUUACGGAAUGGAAACAAGUUGUUUGGAUUGAAGCUAUAGUUGAUGGUCGUGGGUAUGGAUGUGAGCCAACUGAUGAGUUGGAAAAUAGUGUUAUUCAGACGGGCCCUGGACGUUAUCAGUAUGGAUUUUAA